CUUUUCUGUGACGCACAUUUUGCGCGAAACUCAAUCUGAGAAGCUAAAGUCAAAGCGGAGUUGCUGAAAAUGAGCAAGAAAGAUAACGGAGCGUCAUCCAUCCUUGCCUAUCUAAAUGAGAAGAACCGUCCCUACAGCGCUCAGGAUGUCUUUUGUAAUCUACAAAAGCAGUAUGGGUUGGGCAAAACGGCAGUGGUCAAAGCCCUGGAGCUGCUGGCUGCAGAUGGCAAGAUAAAGGAGAAAACAUACGGCAAGCAGAAGAUUUAUUUUGCCGAUCAGUCUCAGUUCAAAGACGUGAAUGAAUCAGACCUGAAGACGAUGGACAGUCAGAUCUCAGAGCUCAGUGCAGAGGUGCAAUCCCUCACUCAGAGCUGCAGACAGCUAGAUGCAGAGCUGAAGGAGCUCAACAGCUCCCUCACAACAGAGGAAAUGAUGGCAGAGAUCCAAGAACUAAAAGCUGAGUGCUCUGGAUACAGAGCGCGUCUGGAGAAGAUAAAGUCCGCCACAAAUCAUGUCACACCAGAAGAGAAGGAGAAGGUUUAUAAGGAGCGAGAUGUUUAUGUGAAAGAGUGGAAAAAAAGGAAGAGAAUGGCUUCAGACAUGAUGAAUGCAAUCCUGGAGGGAUAUCCAAAGAGCAAAAAGGAGUUCCUGGACGAAGUUGGAGUGGAGACUGAUGAGGACUGUAAGGUGGUUUUUCCAAGCACUUAAUACCUAUGACGUUACCUCAAUGUCAGGCUGUGCAGUGGCUGACCGAGAAAAUGGAUUACACACCAGAGAAGUCUGAGCCACAGUAUAUUUUUUAUUUAUGGCAAUUCUUUUGAUUAAACAUAAAUAAAUGUUGAAUUAGAAAGAAAAAGCCCCACACUGAGUAUUUUACAAAAAAUACCUUUAUUAGCUAAACACUAAAUCACAUAAUUUGACAGCACAGAUGUCUUGUUUUUAUUUUUACGUUUUACAGCAAAUUACUCAUCAUAGCUUUUCGAGCAGUGUUUGGUAUUCUUGUACCAAUCUUUUUGCACCAAUCCUCCUUGGUGUUGUUUUUCUAAACAGAAGUACUGUCAGGUUAUUAAAUGUUCACGGCAGUAAUUUCUCAGGUUUCUGCUGGACAAGAUGGUCUGUAAAGCAUUUAAGAGUUUUCAUAGAUUUACUAGCUGCGCAGAUGGACAGCAGCACAGCAGCGACUUAUACUUUUCUGUUGUCUUGCACUUUUUUUAAGCAUUGUACUGCUUUCCCUUCACCUACACAGAAAAUACCUAAAUAAAUUAAUUUACAAAUUGA